AUGAUACAACAUUUACAUGCAGUGCGACAAGAAUAUACUUAUAAAAAUUAUAACGCUACACUAGAAGAUUAUAAUAUUGAUCCAAAUGAUUCAAUAAAUAUAAUAUUAUAUUUUAGAGCUCAUUAUAAUCGUUUUCGACCCAAAACAACUAAAGGUUAUGGUAAGAAAGUCAGAGAGGAAAAGCAAGUAAAAUUAAAAAAUAGAAGCAAAAUUAAAGAAUCAGAGUUAUUAUAA